UUUUUUUUUCUGCCAUAACGGAUUUCUGUCGUCCCAACUUUGACCACAAAAUCACCUUCCCCACGCGACGCCUUGCAGAAAUCGACAGAGUCCGACGAAGAUAUCUUGCAUAUCUUUUGUAAGAAGGCUGUGUUGGACGACCUGCCGUACGACAUUUGAAAGCUCGGUAUUUGAUUAGAGACGGGCCCGAUUGACGAGCAGUUGAUGAAACGGUGAAUGCGGAGUUGCCUGCCUUGCCUGCCCGCCCUCAAGCUGCUACUCCCUGUUUCUUUGGCUGCCAAUUCAUCUGCCCGCCUCCGGCACAGAAUUGCACGUCAUCAUUCAACAACAACAACUACUGCUACUACAAUAACAACACGGAACCGAGGAACAAAACUUGAGGAUACCCCGGAAAUUUCUAAGUAUCGACAAGGCUCCAGGUCAAAACAAACAAACGUUCUCAAUCAAGUGAAUCUCACCAGUCUGCCGAAAAGCCGGCCUCUCCGCGGCUAUCAUGGUUCAAUCACGACUGGCAUCACUGGCGACGAUACGACAUUGAGUGAGGCGAACCGUCAGCAAGCACCCUUGCUUGCGCACUUUUCCCCGCUCCAUCCUCCUCAGCUCCCCUCCAAUCCGCUCCUCUAAAUUUCACUAUCACGAUGGUUUCCCUUGUCAUUACGUCUGCCACCGUGCCCUCGGCAGCAGACCUGGAAAUGUGCUCUACCGAAGUCGUCGUCCGCCGCAUUCCCGAACUAUCAGAGGCAAGGUAUUUCUCUCGAGUCUUUUCGGCUUCGGGUAGCUCUACGGAGGCCGGGAUAGACAGGGCCUUGGCAGCAAAGGCUGCAGCUUUAGGAAUUUCGACAGUACAAUCGCAAUCUCCCCGCCUCUCAGUACCACAUGAGCCGUCAGAAAACCAACCCGCCGAUCACGGUGUCGACAUUUCCAGGCGUGCGACACGCGAUUUGGACGACUCUUUAGGGAUAUCCGUUACCGAUAUCCCAUCAUCACCACGUCGUCUUUCAAUAGUCGCAGGUUCGACUGUAAGCGCCACGCCAGUUUUACCAAAUUCCAACCCGCAGGGUCCUCAGCUCUCAAAGAAAAGAUCAAGGAAUUUGAGCUUUUCGCAAUACGAGAAAUAUCUCGCGCAUGUAGACCCGAACCUCAAGCAGCCCAAAUUUGUCAAGGAAUCGCAUGUGGUUCCGGACCCAGCGCCCAGUUUGUUUAGCAUCAGCAGCAGGAAGAGUCUCAUCAGUAUCAAACGUACGUUGAAAACAAAGGUGCGAUGGCGGAGAUCAGCCGUGUCACCUUUGCCAAUCUCCUGUAUAUGUUGUCGGGAUGAUUUCAAAAAGAUUCAGUCACUCCAGACAUUGCCAUGCGGUCAUACCUACUGCAGUUCUUGUCUCAAGAUCAUGGUUAAUCAGUCUGUAACUGACGAAUCAAAGAUGCCGCCACGUUGCUGUACUCAGCCGAUACCUGGACAUGUCGUCAAGGCUGUACUUGACAAUGAGGAGCAGCAGACGUUUCUCAAGGCUGUCUUGCAAUUUUCGACACCAUGGGAGGCGCGAAUCUUUUGUCCGAAUGCGGCUUGCGGCGAAUUCAUCAAGCCGCGGGCCAAGAUCGAUCCAAAACACCCAUUCGACGUUACCUGCAAGCAUUGCCGGUCCCGAGUUUGCGUCAUGUGCAAACGAGACGCCCAUCCAUUGGGACAAGACUGUCCAGCCGACUUUGAGCUCGAUGAAGUGUUGAAGAUGGGCGAGAAGUCUGGAUGGAGGCGCUGUUAUAAGUGCCGUACACUGGUCGAACUUUCGCAAGGCUGUACUCACAUGACUUGCCGGUGCAAAGCCCAAUUUUGCUAUAUCUGCGGAGCUGUAUGGGACAGCGCUGUCGGUUGUCCCAACUACUGCAAUGGCGAGGAAGAGCUGGAACGUAGACGGUUAGAGGAGGAGGCUCGAAUGGAGGAACUCGAAGCUGAGAAGGAGGCACAGGAGCAAGCAGCCCUUGCCGCCGAGGCCGAUCGCCUGGUGGCACUGGAACGAACAGCCGCAAGCACCGAGUUCGCACAGCUGGCCGAGACCCUGGCGGCAGAGAAGGAACGGAUCGUUAAGUACGAGAACGAGGCGAAAUCGUCACUAUGGUCGAGGCACAGUGAAGAGCGUGUCGCCAUGAUGGAACGAUUCUCAGACCAGGUAGAGAAGAUGAGGGAGCGGCACGCUAAGACCACGCAGCACCUCGAGGACCGUCAGAUCGCAGCCGAAAUGGACUUGCGCGCCACACUGGAACAACGUGCUCGAAGCGUCAAGAUAAGGCUGAGGCACAUGGAGGCAUAUUGUGACGGACUGGGCAGGAGCGUCAAUCCCAAUACUAAUCCCUCAACGACCAAUAAUGAAAGCGUGGGCAACAGACCCACCUCGCCAAAUAACUCAAGCAUGCCGACGCGAGUUGUAACAGAGCGGGAUUUACGUGAGCUUGGGCAGCAGUAUAAUAUGCGUGACGACCUCGAGCGCCUUCACCAGGCACGAAUAAACGUUCUGCGCGACCGCCAGGCGAAGAACAUGGAGGACCUGCAAGAUCGCCAAAGGAAGGAGAUGGAAAACCUACUGAAUCAACGGGAUGAAGAAAUAGAGGACCUUGAAGCCGCGUUCGCAGCCGAGGACGAUGCGCUUCUCUGCGUGUUCGUUGAAAGGAGGCAACGGGCUCGCGCAAGGUGGGCCCUUCGCGUAGAGAUCCUCCAGAAGACCAUGGAGAACAAUACCGGCUUGCGGCACGGCCCGAUACCUCUGCCCGAGUGGCCGUCGACGUCCAACAGCAGCCCGUUAUCCCCUAUGGCUACCUCGCUGGGACUCCAGAACGAAGGCUCGCAACUUGAUUCUGGCGAUGAGUACUGCUCAUCAACAGAUACGGGAAGUCGGGAAGCGUAAUACGAUUGAGUGAGACCUUGAAACCCUUUCGGUCUCCUCAACCUCGGCUAUGCAUCAUCCCGACCUAAUACCUAAGAGAAACAGGCAAUAUUGGCACGCCAUGAUGAAGCCGGACACGCAGACUGGGAACCCCAGUGUGUAAUUUCACAAUCACGCCCACUAACCAUACCGCUGGAUUUGCUCGAUCUGACUGAGAUGAUGAGAAGUUCAGUCUUUAUUCGGGAAACGAACGGGGUUGAUCAUUUCAGGAACUAUCCCUCCCUUUACACGUUUGACUCUGAUCAGACCAUGAUAUCCACCUUUCUUUUGUUAUCGAAUGAGAGCAUUUGUCAAAUGACGCCAUUGCAAGAUAGCGCUUGUCAUUUUUGUUCAUUUUCAUCAGUUACUAUUUGAGCUUUUUGAGUCUUUACUGUUAUCUUGAUCACCUUUUUUUUUUUUUUUUUUAGUUAAGAUACCAUAAUCGC